AACACAAUUCCCUUAUGCAAUGUGCGUUUAAGACGUUCAUCUGCAAGUCUUAAGCCUUCACUCAACUGCGGAGCAAUCCGCGGCAUUUACAAGCGCGAGCUCUUCAGAGCAGACAUUGGCACCGCACGCAAUAUAGAUGGAAUUGUAAUAAUGGAACACCACUGGGUACUGUUUUCUGUCUUGUUGCAGUUAUCCUUCCAAACAGGUAGCGCCAGACCCACCAUCACCCCCAGAGGCCUCCACCUGGUCAUUCCACUCAACAUCCCCUUCAGCCUGCUUUGCCAGGGUGACCAGGUGGUGCAGUGGCAGCGGGAGGAUCGCCCCAAACUGAGGGGCGAGGAGCGGACUAAUGGGGCGUCCGUCCUGAAAAUCCCCAGAGCUCAGCCUGGCCACAUGGGCCGAUACAUCUGUCUGGAAGAGAAAACCGGAGAGCAGAGCUCUAUCUACGUCUACGUCACAGAUCCUGAUAAUGUCUUCAGAAAGACCAUUGUGUUCAGUAUCCUGACUCGUGCGGGAGACAGUGCCUCCAUCCCCUGCCUAGCAACCGACCCGAGAGUGGUCAACCUGCGCCUGGAGCCAUGCCAUGGCGGCGCCCUCCCUAAUGGUCUCCACUAUGCUGCCAGCCUGGAGCGGGGCAUGGUUAUCUAUGACACUAAGAAGGCCUUUGAGGGCUGUUACAUCUGCACUGGCAGACUGAGCGGUGCCCUCGUUAAAUCACACAGCUAUGAUCUGACUGUGCGACCAGUCCCAGAUGUGCCCCCUGUGAUUGAGUUGCGUGGGCCGAAGAGGGUGGUCCUGACGCGGGGCCAGAAUCUCACCCUGACCUGCAGCACCACCAACGUCAAUGGAGACAUCAAGCUGAAGUGGGCCGCUCCGCCGGGCACGGAUGCCGUGUGGGCUUCGUAUCCACAGCAACCGGCAGUGGAGAAUGGCUCACGCAUCCUGACUGAGCCCAUCACACACGUCCGCAGCGCUACACUCCAAGUCAACUCUGUCGGGACACAGGAUUCUGGGAGAUAUCGAUGUGAGGGUCAGAAUGAGAAGGGGAUCAGCUCUGAGUCAAUCUGGCUGGACGUCUAUGAUAGAGGUUUCAUCAACCUGGCUCCGUCAGAUAACAGUUCUGUGCGUGUGCGUGCUGGGGAGAGUCUGUCCCUGCAUGUGGACAUGGAGGCCUAUCCCAAACCGCACACCUUCUCCUGGAGCUUCUCAGGCCAGCAGCUGAGGAACACCUCUGAUCAUGUCAUCACCAAACAGAACCACCGACACAGGUACAACAGUGAGCUCAGGCUGGUGCGUUUGAAAAUGUCAGAGAGUGGGGUCUACACCUUUUAUGCCUCCAAUGGUGAUGCAACAAUCAAUCAGUCAUUUACCGUCUACGUUAUCAGUAAACCAGAGAUUGUAUCUCAUGAUGGCCCAGUUGAUGGACAGGUGCGAUGUGUAGCUGAGGGAUACCCUGCCCCACAGAUCACCUGGUACUACUGUGAACAGCCUUAUAUGAGGUGCUCCCACCAGAUGAACGCCACUCAGGAGGAGCAGGACAUUGUCACAGUGACGUUGUUGAGUCCUUCCUUUGGGAAGACGGAGGUGGAGAGCAGGCUGAACAUUACCACAGGAAGAUUCCACACGCUGGAGUGUGUGGCCACCGUGGAGGGAGAGCAGGACUUCACACUGUUCUCUAUCAGUGAGAGAACAGUUCCCCAUGAGCUCUUCACACCUCUGCUGAUUGGCAUAGUGUCAGCCUCUGCCCUCCUCAUCCUCAUCCUCAUAGUGCUCUUCUACAAGUACCUGCAGAAACCCAAAUACCAGAUCCAGUGGAAAGUCAUUGAAGGUAUCCACGGAAACAACUAUGUGUAUAUUGACCCUACCCAGCUCCCAUACGAUCACGAGUGGGAGUUCCCCCGGGACAAACUGCGUUUCGGGAAAACUCUGGGCUCCGGAGCCUUCGGGAAGGUAGUGGAGGCUACUGCUUAUGGAAUGUCCAAAGCUGAUACAGUGAUGACAGUGGCGGUCAAAAUGCUCAAACCCAGUGCCCAUGCCACUGAGAAGGAGGCUCUGAUGUCAGAACUGAAAGUUCUCAGUUACCUGGGAAACCACAUGAACAUUGUCAACCUGCUGGGAGCCUGUACUGUUGGAGGCCCAACCCUGGUGAUCACAGAGUAUUGCUGCUUCGGUGACCUCCUCAACUUUCUGAGGAGGAAGAGGGAGACGUUCUUUUGUGACACGUUAGGGGAGGACUGCUACUACAGGAAUGUCAUGUUGCAGAGGGAGACAGCUACAGAUGGAGACAGCAGGAAUGGCUACAUGGAUAUGAGGCCUUCUGUCGCUGGUGUCCUGCCCAAUGGCUUCUCCUCAGAGAAGAGAAUCUCGAUACGCAAACCAGGUGGUUCCAGUAGUGAGCCUGAUGUUGUGAGUGAGAUGCUCCAUGAGGACAGUCUCUCUCUGGACACUGAGGAUCUGCUCAGCUUCUCCUAUCAAGUGGCCAAAGGCAUGGACUUCCUGGCUUCUAAAAAUUGCAUCCACAGAGACCUGGCUGCCCGGAACAUUCUGCUGACUCAGGGGCGAGUGGCAAAGAUCUGUGACUUCGGCCUGGCCCGUGACAUCACCACAGACUCCAACUAUGUAGUCAAAGGCAAUGCCCGCCUCCCAGUCAAGUGGAUGUCUCCAGAGAGCAUCUUUGAAUGUGUGUACACAUUUGAGAGUGACGUAUGGUCCUAUGGCAUCUUGCUCUGGGAAAUCUUCUCACUCGGAAGCAGUCCAUAUCCUGGGAUGCUUGUGGACUCAAAGUUCUACAAAAUGAUUAAGGAAGGAUAUAGAAUGGAUGCACCAGAGUUUGCACCGAGUGAAAUGUAUGAGAUAAUGAGGUCGUGCUGGGACUCGAACCCCUUUAAGAGACACUCCUUCAGCAAGGUGGUGGAGAGAAUUGAACAACAGCUGUCAGACACCACAAAACACAUCUAUCUGAACUUCAGCUCCAGGUUUCCGGUUACAAUGGGACAACAGGUUACCAGCGUGGACCAGGGGGCGCAGAAUGCCAACAUCCUUUGCCUCAACUCUGUGGGCAACAGCAACGCCUCCACUCAGCCCCUAUUGGCCAGCGCCAGCGAUGACAUCUUUCUGGGGGAGAUGGCCACUGGGCUCAGGGUCCACCAGGUGUAAGGCCCCACCCACGAUGGAUGCCCCAUAAAGUGCCUGUUCAGUGCCAUCCCGAACACCCCACCACACCCUAUUCCAAUCAUAUAUUGUGUCUAGCUAUUAACCACCCCCUCCCAACCUUAUGCCUAGCUGUUAGCCUCCCCCUUCAGACCGAGGUUUUAAAGAAGGAUCCUCUCGAAACCUCUGCUUCUGGCCGCCUUAUGGGUUACCAUUCCUAGAUCAUUACUGCAUAUAAAUGUUGAUGUGCUGUUUGAAAUGGACACUAUAGUUUAUAGCUCCAUAGUAGUUCUAUUUUAUAAGGACUUUCCUCAAUGUUGCUGUUACUGUAUCUUGUAUGUUUCAUACAAUGUUUUUGUUUUUCACAUUUCCGUUAUCAAUGUAUUAAACUGAAUUACUAUGUUGUUUUAAAUAUUUUUUUUUUCUUAAACUAAAUAAUGUAGCAUUUAUAAUGGUUAAAAUACAACUAUCGUUGGAGGUGAAAGUACUUGAAAUGUAACAUCUUUCCAGAUGUAGGCAUCAUGUAAUGAAGCUUUCAGUUGACCUUUUUUUUUUUCCUGUUGCAUCUUUUAAAAAAUGAAUGUUAGUAUUAUUCCACAAGUUCAUUGUUGGUGAUUAUGUGAAGGAGAGACAUUUCUAGGGCCAAUGGCUGAAAUUAUAUUCAGGAGGUUGAGUCUCGAAACCUCUCAAUCUAAUGAACCGAUAAGCAUGGUACUAUGACUGUUUAUAUGUGUAUAUAUUGACCUUGUGUAUGGCUAGUAAUAAGCGUAUGGUGUGAGAGGUAGCAUUAGCUUAGAUUCAGCAAAGGUUGCUUGCUGGAGAAUCCUUGUAAAUAUGUAAAUAUGUUGCUUGUGUCGGCACCUCUUCUGUCUUUUACAGUAUGUGACCCUUGUUUACAUUUGUCAUCAGACAGGUACUGCCAUAUCACUAUGGGGUUUCUUUAGUAUAAAAACCAAAGAUGGGUAAGGUUGAAACAGUGUGUGGUUAGGAUGAGCAUACUGUGUAAGGGAAAAGGUGAUUAGCCAGUGGAUGCUUUCUACUCUUAAAGAUUGUUAAAGAAGGCUUUCUGUUUUGAGACAAAAAGCCAAUGAUGCUCGUUUCAAAUGCCAAUGUGAAGCUUGCAGAACAAACCAAUAACUGUUCGGAGAAAAAGCCAAUGGAAGGAAUUCUGCUCAGAUGAAUAGCCAAUUUGGUGUUAGAUGUUAGAGCUGUCUAAUCAAACAAGGUUGUGACAUGUCUUAUAGCUCAAUGCAGUACCCUCAGUGCUCCCAUCCAUCAGUAGCUGAUUUCUCAGCCUUCCCUCCGCUCUUUAUGUCCAGCUGCUUCCUCUGACGGAAGUGUCAUUUCCACCAUCUCUCAGCCAGAGCUCGGUAUCACUUCAGACUCCCAUCACUAGGACUUCCCUCUUCCCACACUGAGAUAUUGUUGUGAAGAGCACCUGGAAAUGCACAGACGGAAAGUGUGUGCGUCCGUGUGUCUGUGUGUAGGUGCCACAGUAUGAAAUGUAUGACAUUUACCCAACUCGCUUUUCAACCCUGUCUCCUUCUCAAAGCUGGCUCUUUGUAAAUAUGUGUGUGAAUACAAUGUAAUGUGGAUGCUGUCUUAAUGUUUUAUUUUCUAUUGAUAUGGUAUAUUUAAUGCACACCUCUGAUACUCUGUAAUAUAAAACAUUUCCUACCACAAAUAGAUACACAGAUACACCCAUUAAAUAUAUACUGUACAUCUUCUUCUUCUUUGGAGGUAAGCUGCUUGUUUUUCUGUUUUCUUGUAACAACUGUAGAUGUCUUUGUUUGGAUAUUGCUGUAGAUUCGUUGUGUAGUGACAUUUUCCCCUUGGCUAACCAUCGCAUGGUCUUCUACAAGCAAGUCUAAACAUUUGUUCUUUAUUUUCAAAUGUUUUUGUACAGCUUUGCCUUGAAAAUCUAGUUUGUUUUCAGCCCCAAACAGGAACGCAAUAGCAAAUAUUGUUCUAAUUUGACUAAUUACAAGCAAGGGACGAGUAGAGCUGUAGGGCAAUGACUCACAUCAAUGCAAUGCUCAUUCCCCAUUCCCCCUUCUGUCACAUGGAAUUGGAGACCUCAAAAUAGGUAAUUACGCACUAAUAACAUAGUAGUUACAUGUUUAUCUGUCAUUCAUCACACUGUUAAAGAGAGCACAACCAAAAUAUUGUCUGAUUAUCCCUAACAACGUUACGCUGGAAAAGUUGAUAUAAUAUGAUGCUUGUUUUCAAACUUUUAGGACAUUUGUAUAUUUGUUGUGUAUUUAUUUUACAAGAGACAAAGUUGUUUGUUGUGCACAUUUGCAAUGUGUUGCUAUCUCUUGUGUUACUGUAAUAUAAAUAAAAGAAACCCUUAAAUAGUUUUGUUAAUCAUGAUUUGUAUUAGUAAUGGUCAUAUUGUCAGCCAUCUGUGUCAAGCCUCUGAGCAGGUGAUGCCUCGGGUCACUGUCAGUCUCCUCCCCAUGGUAGUGUACUAGUCUACUAGUCAUACUAGUCUACAGUCACUGACCGUAUCUGUUUAUAAAAUCAUGUUUCCUGCUCCAGAAUUGUCAGGGUCUUUGGCUUGGGUCGAGCAUGGGACAUCUGGCUGAAGGGGAACGCUGCCAGGACAGUGGCUUGUCCAGCAGGCCAGGCCGGUGGACAGACAGACGGAGGGCCCUUGUGCGUGUCACUGUGUGGGCUGAGCCCAUUGUUCUAGCAUCUACAGUAUCUGAUAAGAGGGACAGGAAAUCCCACCAUUGAAGCAGAAUGGUUGGUUGAAUACGUUUGUGAGACAGAGUGGUCGCUUACAGUAAAGAACAGCUGAGAGAGGGAGAAGAAUCUUUUCUGUAAUAUUUCAUCAUAUUAUUUGAAGAUCAUGGCGAGACUGAGACUGGACUUUUACAGCAAAAGCUACUUACACUUGUGCUACUGUACUGUUGGUCUAAUAUGAAAUGUCCUGCAACAGGGUGAUCAAAUGAAGUUCUUACAUCUGUAUAUGGCCCAGUUGAGAUUUUCAUGUGUUAUUACUCUCCCAAUACAGUCCGAUUAGACGCAGUGUAUUGAAACCUUUUUUUUUAUUUCUCUAUCCCUCUCCCAUCUCACCCUAUGUCUCUCAGUAAGGUUUGAAUUCUGUCCAGGUCCUCAUUCCAGCACAUUAGUCUCAUUUGUUUUCUAAUAGCCUCUGGUAAAAUUAUACUUCUGGCCAAGAUAGAAAAACAAACACCCAAUUUUAUCGUGGCAGUUGCUUUUUCUCUGGGAUAAUCUAGUUACAAGGGCCAAGUGCCAACACGAUGCAAUAUGUAAUUAAUACUCAUGAUAUGGUAUGUGUGUGCAUGUUUGCAUUCGUGCGAGUGUGCGUGCAUGUGUUCAUGCUUACAUGUGUGUAUUUGUGUGUACUUCUUUAAAACAAUCCCCUGAAUGUUGUGUUUUGUCUGUAGAUUUUUCUGUGAAAGUAUGGGGCUUUAAUUUAUUUAGUAUAUACUGUAUUUUAGUGUUCUGCUCCUUUAGUGAAAGCUCCAGUUGCUGAACCUGUGGUGUAGCCAAAUUAAGUAGCAGGGUUGACUAAUUCAUCUUAAAUGACCUCCCUUAUCCUACCUAAUUUGUACAUGCUGUUUAUAGCCUUGUUCUACUGUAUUAUUGAUUGAAUGUUUGUUUAUUCCAUGUGUAAAUCUGUGUUGUAUGUGUCGAACUACUUUGCUUAAUCUUGGCCAGGUCGCAGUUGCAAAUGAGAACUUGUUCUCAACUAGCCUACCUGGUUAAAUAAAGGUGAAAUAAAACAUUUAAAUAUUAGCCAUGAAUCAUCCCCUUGUGACAGGGGAAAGAAGGCUUGUUGAUUGCAACAGGGAGUGGCAAUGGAAUACAAGCAAACAUUUCUAGCCUCUUGUCACGACUUCUACCGAAGUCGUUGCCUCUCCUUGUUCGGGCGGUGCUCGGCGUUCGACGUCACCGGUCUUCUAGCCAUCAUUGAUCCAUUUUUCAUUUUCCAUUGGUUUUGUCUUGUCUUCCCACACACCUGUUUUAAAUCCCAUUCAUUGCCUGUUGUGUAUUUAACCCUCUGUUUCUGUCACGCCUUGGUCUUAGUGUUUUGUGUUUUUGUUGAUUGUUUGGUCAGGCCAGGGUGUGACAUGGGUUUGUUUUGUUGUAUUUCGUAUUGGGGUUUUGUGGUUAUUGGGAUUGCGGCUGAGUAGGGGUGUUGUAUGGGCUUGGCUGCCUGAGGCGGUUCUCAAUCAGAGUCAGGUGAUUCUCAUUCUCUCUGAUUGGGAACCGUAUUUAGGUAGCCUGGGUUUCACUUUGUAUUUCGUGGGUGAUUGUUCCUGUCUCUGUGUAGUGUUCACCAGAUAGGCUGUAAUAGGUUUCACGUUCCGUUUGUUGUUUUUGUAUUUAUUAGUUAUUUCAUGUAUCGUUCCGUUUUUCUUCAAUAAAGACAUGAGUAACCACCA